AAUUUGUUCAGGUUUGUUCUAUUCCAUGAUGCUCUCUAUUUAAUUUUCUGGCUAGAUGAGGUUGCUUUCAUGUGGUUAGACAGCAAAAGAAGAAAAUGAAAUAAAUGAGUCUGUAGCUCUAUGCGAAUUUGCUUAUGAAUAUAACUAUUUCAUAUCAAACUAAUUCUGCCUAUUAGAAUUGAUUAAGCUUUAUUCAUUGUAUAAUUCAGUGGUAUGUCUGUCUUCGCAGAAAAUCAUCAACAGCAACCAGAGCAACUAAUAGGCUUUCCAUAUAAAAAUGGUGUUGUGUCUAAGCCAGAACAAUUAAUAGACUUUGCACAUAAGAAUGAUGGUGUGUCUAAGGAAGAACAACUAUUAAACUUUGAAUUGAAGAGUAAUGGGAUGUCUAAGACAGCUGAAUCGAAUGAAUUUAGGAUCUCUGUAGCACAGCAGGCCGAGCCAGCACCACCAUCUCAACCGCAGGUUAUAGAGCUGAGUGACGAUGACGACGACGACGACGAUGAUGAUGAAAGUGAUCAACCAAUCAUUACAAAAGAGGUUUGGAAGGAAGGUGAAAGUCCUAGUGAUGGUGGACUAUUGGUGAAAAUUCUUCAAUCUUUACCACCUUUUCACAUUUAAUGGAGGUAAAAAUUGUACAUUAUGAUGAAUUUUUAC